AUGGCCAGCAUGAAAACCACCAACAACAACCUUAACAGUAGCAUUACCGACGACGAUGAUGAAGACGAUGACGACGACGACGUCCUUAAUACCAACAACACUCACUUCGGUCCACAGCCGCCGCCACAAGCGUGCGCCGCCUGCAAACAUCAGCGGCGCAAGUGCGUUCCGGACUGCAUGCUGGCGCCGUUCUUCCCGCACUACCGGCACCAGGAGUUCCUCAACGCCCACCGCCUCUUCGGCGUCAGCAACAUCAUCAAGAUCAUCCGCCACAUGUCCCUCCCCGACCGCCGAAUCGCCAUGCGCACCAUCAUGUACCAGUCUGACGCCCGGGCCGCCGACCCUGUCGGCGGCUGCCUCCAAAUCGUCCAUAACCUCCACCACCGCAUCCAACUCGCCACCGCCGAGCUCCGCCUCGUCCUCCAAUACCUCAACCACUUCCGAGCCCAGGCUGCCGCCGCCGCCGCCGCCCAUAAUAAUAAUGAGCAGCUGGUGAUUGAUGUUGAGAAUGAUGGAAUGGAAAAGCGGGAGCAGGAGGGGUUUGAUCAGCACGAUUAUAAGCAUCAUUUGCAGAAUCUGAGUUCAUGGCUCAUGCAGGAUUCGGUUGUUACGGCGCCGCCCAUCAUGCCGUCCUCGUCAUCGAGCUCGUUGCAUUGUGCUGAUGAUCAUGCGAACGCAGCGCCACCGCUUGCCGAGAUUUCCUGCGGCGGAGAGAGGAGUACUAAUAAUAAUGAUGUCACGUUUCAGAGAGAAGAUAAAGGCAAGAAUAUAGUUGAUCCAGCAAGCCAUAAAUACGAGGAUGGUCAAACCAUUGACAUGUGCAAUGAGGGUAGAACUCACACAUGGCAGCGUAACAACCCUUGA